CUUCUCUCCCCUGACUCCGCCGCUGCUGCUGGCGCCGCCGCACACCCCCGGCUCCCCUGUCCACGCUGACUUACUCGGCGGCCACCGCCCAGCACGGCAGUGUCAGCUUCCCUCACCUCGUGUCCCGUAGGCGGCUACCCUGCACUAGCUACCCUGCACUAGCUACGCCUGCCGCCGCCGCCGCCACCGCCACUGCCUCCGUGGACUGACCACGCCAGGGCCUCGCCACGAUGGGGCAUAGCGACGGUGACCACGAGAGCGACCUCUCCGCCGACGAUUCUCCGUGGAGCGAGGGUAGCUGGUCCGACGACGACGAGGAGGGGUCACUAUCAUUCGAGGACAGCGGCGAAGGCUCCGACGCCGAGUCCGACGAGCCCGAUGCCGCGGCGGCGGAAGAGAGCGACUCUUCCGAGGACGAGGUGGCACCACGGAAUACGGUAGGCGAUGUGCCGUUGGAAUGGUACAAGGAUGAGGAGCACAUUGGCUAUGACAUCACUGGGAGUAAGAUCAAGAAGCGGGAUAGGGAGGGCCGAAUUGAGGCCUACCUCAGGAAUGCCGAUGAUGCUAAGAGCUGGAGAAAGAUUUAUGAUGAGUAUAACGAUGAGGAGGUGCAGAUUACCAAGGAAGAGGCUAAGAUAAUUAGUAGAUUGUUGAAGGGAAAGACUCCGCACACAAAUGUGGAUCCAUAUCCAGAUUAUGUUGAUUGGUUUGAAUAUGAUGGUAAAGGCCAUCCACUUUCUAGUGCCCCGGAGCCAAAGAGACGAUUUGUGCCCUCGAAGUGGGAGCAGAAGAAGGUUGUUAAACUUGUCAGAGCCAUUCGUAAAGGAUGGAUCAAAUUUGAUAAGCCAAAAGAGGAGCCUAACUUUUAUCUGUUGUGGGGGGAUGAAACUGAUACAGCAGACAAUAAGCGGCAAGGCUUGAGCUACAUUCCUGCACCUAAACCAAACUUGCCAGGUCAUGAAGAGUCAUAUAAUCCUUCUGUUGAAUACAUUCCAACACAAGAGGAGAUAGAUUCGUACCAGCUUAUGUAUGAGGAGGACAGGCCAAAGUUUAUUCCACGAAAGUUUGAUUGUCUUAGAAGUGUACCUGCAUAUGAGAAGGCACUUAGGGAAGGAUUUGAUCGGUGUCUAGAUCUUUAUCUCUGCCCUAGAACACGCAAGAAGCGUAUAAACAUUGACCCUGAGACACUCAAGCCAAAGUUACCCAGUAAAAAGGAUUUGAGGCCAUACCCAAGAACAUGUUAUCUUGAAUUCAAGGGGCAUAAUGGUCAAGUGAAGUCUCUUUCAGUUGAAUCAACUGGGCAGUGGGUAGCAUCUGGUUCAUCUGAUGGAACAAUUCGUGUUUGGGAGGUUGAAACUGGUCGCUGCAUUAAGGUUUGGAAUGUUGGUGGUGUUGUCCAUCGUGUUUCGUGGAAUCCUUCACCUGAUAGGCAUAUUCUUGCUGCCGUUGUAGACCAUGAUCUGCUGCUUCUUAAUGCUGAGAUUGGGGAUGAAGACAUUCAAAUGAAGACAAAAGGGCUCCUCCAAAUUGAUGAAUCAGCCCCGGAAGAAGAUACUGGUGAUAAGAAACCAGCUGUUAAGUGGGUUAAGCAUGAAAAUUUUGAUGGAAUCAUGUUGAUUCAUCACAAGGCUGUGUCAACCGUGGAGUGGCAUUUUAAGGGAGACUAUUUCACCACAGUCGUGCCAAGUGGUGAUUCAAGAGCUGUACUAUUGCAUCAGCUCUCUAAGAAGCAUUCGCAUCAUCCUUUCCGUAAAUUGCCAGGCCUUCCUAUUGCAGCUGUGUUUCAUCCAAGUCAAAAGAUGUUCUUUGUGGCCACUAAGAAAUUUGUUCAGGUUUAUGAUCUCCAGAAGGCACAGUUAGUCAAGAAGUUGGAGUCAGGUGUUCGUGAGAUUUCCUCUAUCUCGAUCCAUCCUGGUGGUGAUAAUGUUAUUGUGGGCAGCAAAGAUGGUAAAUUGUGUUGGUUCGAUACUGAUCUAUCCACGCGUCCAUACAAGACAUUAAAGAACCACUCGAAGGAUAUCACUAAUGUUACCUUUCACCGGAAAUAUCCUCUUUUUGCAUCAUCCUCAGAGGAUUGUACGGCCUAUGUAUUUCAUGGAAUGGUCUAUUCAGAUCUCAACCAAAACCCACUUAUCGUACCACUGGAAAUUCUUCGUGGUCACUCGAGUUCAGAUGGAAGAGGAGUUUUGGAUUGCAAAUUCCACCCAAGACAGCCUUGGUUGUUCACUGCUGGUGCUGACUCUGUCAUUAGGCUUUAUUGCGAUUAAAGAUGCUGUAAAAUCAUCGAAUCAAUGCAACAUGUCUGGUCUUUCAACGGGCUCGUAUACGAUAAUGGACGGCGUAUUGUGCCAUGCCCUUAACUGGAGCCAGGGUAUGUGGCUUGUGGCAAAGAUGCACGUGCUGAGCCAUUUUUGCUGCCUAAAUUUUGUUUCAAGUUAUUUGCUGUACCCUAUUGUUAUUGUAGUUCUGUAGAAACAGUGAGACAGGCAGAAUGUGCCGGGGACCAGAGUCAAGGCAAAAGGUAGCUGUGUACCAGGAAAAAUACUUUAUAAUUUAUGCCACAGGUCUACAAGUUUUAA